AUUUAGAUACGUCCUGACUCAUUUGGCAGUUCAUGUGUGGUGAAUUUUCGAUGCAACAAAGGCAGAAUUAAAAACGGAAAGAUUAUUAUUUCAAUAAUAGAGAAAUCUUAAAAUAAAACGGUGCUCAGGAAUCUGGAAUAUCAUGUAGUAGAAAUCGCCUAUGUAUUGUACCAAGGAUAACGACUGUUUGACUUCUGUGCGUAAUUGGAUCUUGGUUGAACUUUUAAACGUGAAAUGUUAACGCAAUAAAGCGCAACGCCAUCACGAAACCUUUGCAUACCAGCGCUAGACUCAGGGGCCCAUCACGACCAGAUGGUCCAGACAUGAGCGCCACUCAUUUCCCAAAGGCACCGCCCCACCCCUCCUCCCGUGUCACAAUGCUUUGCGUCCCCUCCGCUCUGACGCGCUGGAGCCAUAUAAAUAGGAGGCGCUCCGCCUCUGCCUCACACUUCAGCUCAGCCGCUCCAAGUGCAAGCAGCUCCCAUCACAAAGCACAAAAAAAACCCGAAAUGAGUCCCAGCAUCACAACUGAGGCCAGCCUGCCUCUCCCUAACAGGUCCACCGUGGCUCAGAGAAAACAAGCCAACGAACUGAGAAAGACGUUGAAACCCUUACUGGAGAAGAGAAGACGCGCUCGUAUCAAUGACAGUCUCAGUCAUUUGAAGAGUCUGAUUCUGCCUCUUGUUGGCAAAGACAACGCACGCUAUUCCAAGCUAGAGAAAGCUGAUAUUCUGGAAAUGACAGUCCGGUUUCUCAGAGACCUUCCUGCCUCUCCAGUCAAAGACUCUGCAGACAGUUACAGAGAAGGCUACAAAGCCUGCCUCCAGCGCGUCUCCACUCUGCUUCCCAAAACUAGCCUGGAUCAAGACGCGUGCCAGCGUGUCAGCGACUUCGUUCAGCAGUCUAUGUCUGCCACAGUCACCCCGACCUGUCUGAACUGUUGCGCUCAGAGCUCCAGAACUUUCCCACAGAUCCAACAGAGACUCCUGAGCCUCAAAUCCAGCUUCAGCCCCAGAAUGGAGAACCAAUCCCGCAGCAGCACCAGCAACAACAGCAACAGCAACAGCAGCAGCAGCAGCAGCAGCAGCGGUGCAGUGGCUCCCAGCAGAGCACAGCCAGGCCCACAGCCUGUCAACGCUGCCAUGUGGAGACCUUGGUAGAUUAGAUGCACAGAUAGAAUUGUUGUGAUGUAUUUUCGUAAACUUGUAUUGUAUUAGCCUAACUAUAUAGUAGUAUUGAUUGUGUUGUAUGAGGUGAUUAAUUGUUGGAGUUGAAGUUUGAUAAUUGAAUUCAACAUUUGGCUCAUUUUGCGUUAAAGGGCACACGAGCACAGAUCUUAAAGAAACUGUAAAGUCUAUGAACUUUCCGAAUCGCAAUCCUCUUUGGGGUGUCAAAGAUAUGGGUUGUAGGCAACACUUUUGUAAAACCCCAAGGGUUAUUUUAUUUGAGGUUUGCACGAUGGACUUAAAGUAUUUUGGUCUGUGCAACAUAAUAGUCUGUAAACACUAUGUGUUAUAUAGGAAUCAUGAAUGGCAUGUAAGGAAAAACAAACGUGUUUUGUGACUCAAACACUGAUCAUUGAAAAUAAAAUGUAAAUAAUGUA